GGCGGGGCCGGGAGUGCGCGGCGGCGGCGGCGGCGGCGUGGGGAGUGGCGUGGAGCGGAGCCUGGGGCUGCAGCAGCGUGGGCCCCCGACGUAGAAAGCCCGUGGGACAAGAAAGGAAGGCCGGGCCGCGAAGUCCCUGAGCGACCGUUCGUUCUCCUUGGAUCUGGGGGAGAUUUGCCCCCCCACGCCUGGUCUUCUUUCGUCCCCUCCUCACCCCCUAGCCCCGGCCGCUGACGGAAGGAGGCGGCGGCGGCGGCGGCGGCGGGGGGCUGAGGGGCGCCGCCAUGCCUCUGCCGCGGUGAAGCGCCCCCACCGUGACGAGCCGCUCGGUCUCCCCGGCGAUGUCCCCCAGGCGGCGGGCGAAAGCGACUCACUCGAGCUCUGGGCAGCGAUGGCAGAGGAACAACAACAGCCGCCACCACAGCAGCCUGAUGCCCAUCAGCAGCUUCCCCCCAGCGCCCCCAACUCGGGGGUGGCUCUGCCAGCCCUUGUGCCUGGGCUGCCAGGGACAGAGGCCAGCGCGCUGCAACACAAGAUCAAGAACUCCAUCUGCAAAACUGUACAAUCUAGAGUGGACUGCAUUUUGAAAGAAGUUGGGAAGUUUACAGACCUAGAGAAACUCUACCUCUACCUUCAACUGCCUUCUGGUCUGAGCAAUGGAGAGAAAAGUGAUCAGAAUGCCAUGUCAUCUAGUCGGGCACAGCAAAUGCAUGCCUUUUCCUGGAUUCGGAAUACCCUAGAGGAACAUCCUGAGACUUCACUCCCCAAACAAGAAGUCUAUGACGAGUACAAGAGCUAUUGUGACAAUCUUGGUUACCAUCCAUUAAGUGCUGCUGACUUUGGAAAGAUCAUGAAAAAUGUCUUUCCAAACAUGAAGGCACGUCGUCUGGGCACAAGAGGCAAAUCCAAAUAUUGCUACAGUGGACUAAGAAAAAAAGCUUUUGUUCAUAUGCCUACACUGCCCAAUCUUGACUUCCACAAAACUGGAGAUGGGUUGGAAGGAGCUGAACCUUCUGGGCAGCUUCAAAAUAUUGACGAGGAAGUUAUCUCUUCUGCUUGCCGCCUUGUGUGUGAAUGGGCCCAGAAAGUGUUAAGCCAGCCGUUUGACACAGUCUUGGAAUUAGCGCGCUUCCUUGUAAAAAGUCAUUAUAUAGGCACCAAGUCAAUGGCAGCUCUGACUGUGAUGGCAGCAGCGCCACCAGGAAUUAAAGGAAUUGCCCAGCCUUCUGCUUUUAUACCUACAGCUGAAAGUAAUUCCUUUCAGCCUCAAGUGAAGACUUUGCCAUCUCCUAUUGAUGCUAAACAGCAGUUGCAACGGAAAAUCCAGAAGAAGCAGCAAGAACAGAAACUACAAUCCCCUUUGCCAGGAGAAUCCUCAGCAAAAAAAUCGGAUGGCACUACAACCAAUGGAGUAACUAAUCUCUCUAAUGGAAAUCCUGCGAUCCUUUCUCCUCAGCCUAUUGGUAUCGUGGUGGCAGCUGUCCCUAGUCCCAUUCCGGUCCAGCGGACCAGGCAGUUGGUAACUUCACCAAGUCCAAUGAGUUCUUCUGACGGCAAAGUUCUUCCUCUCAAUGUACAGGUGGUCACGCAGCACAUGCAGUCUGUGAAACAGGCACCAAAGACUCCUCAGAAUGUUCCAGCCAGUCCUGGUGGAGAUCGUUCUGCCCGGCACCGCUACCCUCAGAUCUUACCCAAACCAGCCAACACCAGUGCGCUCACCAUCCGCUCCCCAACUACCGUCCUCUUUACUAGCAGUCCCAUCAAAACUGCUGUUGUCCCCACUUCACACAUGAGUUCUCUAAAUGUGGUGAAAAUGACAGCAAUAUCCCUUACACCCAGCAACAGCAGUGCCCCUCUUAAACAUUCUGCCUCAGCAAACAGUGCUACAGGAACAGAAGAAUCGAGGACUGUCCCACAGAUAAAGAAUGGUUCUGUUGUUUCACUUCAGUCUCCUGGAUCCAGGACCAGCAGCACCGGGGGGACAUCUGCUGUGGAAGUCAAAAUGGAACCUGAAAUGCCGUCGGACGAGCAUCCUGCACAGUGCCAAGAGAAUUCUGAAGGAACUAAAGCUCCCAGAACAACACCUAGUGCCCUUUUGGGGCCGAAGUGUAACACAGAAGGAGUAGCGCAAAAACCUUCCAAUGAAGGUGUCAUUGAAAUAAAAGCAACUAAGGUCUGUGACCAGAGGACCAAAUGUAAAAGUCGCUCAAAUGAAACUCUGCCAGGCACUUCAACAGGCAAUAAUCAAAGCACGAUCACUCUCUCAGUUGCCACUCAGAACUUAACUUUCACCAGCACCAGCUCACCAUCUAAUGGUGACUCAAUAAAUAAAGACCCUAAAUUAUGCACUAAAAGUCCAAGAAAGCGACUUUCUUCUGCAUUGCAAGAGUCCCAGGUGCCUCCAGUAAAGAAACCAAUCGUGGAACCGCUUUCUGCAGUUAUUACAGAGGGCCAGAAACCAGGCAGUGUUACGAAGGACCAAAAGGUUCCACAUUCAGGGAAACCAGAAAGUUCGACAGCAGGUGCUCAGAUUCCCAGCAAGGUAUCAGUAAAUGUCAAUUCACACAUAGUGGCAAGUCGACCCUUGAAUUCAGCUCUUAUUACCAGUGAUCCAGCUUCAGAACAGCAAACACCAUCAUCAUCUCCAGAUAUAAAAGUAAAACUUGAAGGGAAUGUCUUUCUCUUGGACAGUGAUUCAAAACCCGAUGGCAGCUUUACUUCAAAUGAAUGGCAGCAGGUCACUAAGGAUUCUGAGUUCAUAUCUGCGAGCUGUGAACAACAGCAAGAUAUCAGUGUUAUGACAAUUCCUGAACACUCUGACAUCAACGACUUAGAGAAAUCUGUUUGGGAGUUAGAAGGAAUGCCACAGGACACAUACACCCAGCAGCUGCAUAGCCAGAUGCAAGAAUCUUCUUUGAAUCAAAUACAAGCACAGUCUUCAGAUCAGUUACCUCUACAGUCUGAACUAAAGGAGUUUGAGCCUUCUGUUUCCCAAACAAAUGAAAGUUACUUUCCUUUUGAUGAUGAGCUUACACAAGAUAGUAUUGUGGAAGAGCUGGUGCUUAUGGAACAGCAAAUGUCAAUGAACAAUUCUCAUUCCUAUGGUAAUUGCCUGGGAAUGACCAUUCAGAAUCAGUCAGUAACUCCAGGAGCUCCAAUGUCAUCUCAUGCCUCGAGCACCCACUUCUAUCAUCCAAUCCAUAGUAACGGCACUCCAAUCCAUACUCCCACCCCCACCCCCACCCCUACCCCAACCCCAACCCCAACCCCAACUCCAACAUCUGAAAUGAUAGCUGGGUCUCAGAGUCUGUCACGGGAGAGCCCCUGCUCCAGGCUAGCCCAGACCACUCCUGUGGAUAGUGCUUUAGGAAGUAGCCGACACACACCCAUUGGUACUCCACAUUCUAACUGCAGCAGUAGUGUCCCUCCCAGCCCCGUUGAAUGUAGGAACCCAUUUGCAUUUACCCCAAUAAGCUCCAGUAUGGCGUACCAUGAUGCCAGCAUUAUCUCAAGUAGUCCUGUGAAACCGAUGCAGAGACCCAUGGCCACUCACCCUGACAAAACCAAACUUGAAUGGAUGAAUAAUGGGUAUAACGGGGUUGGUAAUUCAUCCGUUUCUGGCCACGGCAUUCUCCCAAGCUAUCAGGAACUAGUAGAAGACCGUUUCAGGAAACCUCAUGCUUUUGCUGUGCCUGGACAGUCUUACCAGUCUCAAUCCAGACAUCAUGACACUCAUUUUGGUCGUCUGACUCCUGUCUCUCCUGUGCAGCAUCAAGGUGCCACUGUAAAUAACACCAACAGACAGGAGGGUUUUGCAGUCCCUGCCCCUCUUGAUAAUAAAGGAACUAAUUCAUCUGCCAGCAGCAAUUUCAGAUGCCGUAGCGUGAGCCCUGCUGUUCAUCGCCAACGUAAUCUUAGUGGAAGCACCCUCUAUCCAGUAUCUAAUAUCCCCCGAUCUAAUGUGACACCCUUUGGAAGUCCAGUAACCCCAGAAGUUCAUGUUUUCACAAAUGUUCACACAGACGCAUGUGCCAACAACAUAGCUCAAAGAAGUCAAUCAGUUCCAUUGACAGUCAUGAUGCAGACAGCCUUCCCAAAUGCUCUUCAGAAGCAAACAAACAGUAAAAAAAUAACCAAUGUUUUGUUGAGUAAACUGGAUUCUGACAAUGACGAUGCAGUGAGAGGUUUGGGCAUGAAUAAUCUGCCCUCCAAUUAUACAGCCCGGAUGAAUCUCACUCAGAUUUUGGAAACUUCCACUGGUUUUCCUAGUGCCAAUCCACAGAAUAUGAUUGAUUCCAGCACUUCUGUUUAUGAAUUCCCAACACCAUCUUACCUCACCAAAAGUAAUAGCACCGAUCAGAUCAGUUAUUCUCCUGGAGAGAAUCAAGCACAAUCAGAAAUGGGAGAGCAAGAGUUAGAUUUCAGUAGCACUGUUAAAGACCUGUUGAGUGGAGAUAGCCUGCAAACCAACCAGCAGCUGGUAGGUCAGGUAGCAUCUGACCUCACUAACACUGCAUCUGAUUUCUCUAGCGAUAUCAGGUUGUCUUCUGAGCUCUCAGGCAGCAUCAAUGAUUUGAACACUUUAGACCCAAAUCUACUGUUUGAUCCAGGUCGUCAGCAGGGACAAGAUGACGAAGCUACACUGGAAGAAUUAAAGAAUGACCCAUUGUUUCAACAAAUUUGCAGUGAAUCCAUGAGCUCUAUGACUUCAUCAGGUUUUGAAUGGAUAGAAAGCAAGGACCAUCCUACUGUUGAAAUGUUGGGUUAAAUUGUGUUUUAUAAUAUGUAGCACACUGUAUCUAAAGACAUAUGUAUUGUAUUUGUCUUAAUGGAAGUGCCUCCCGCAGCAGAAACACUUACUAUUAAUUGUGACAUUUUAAAAGAGUUUGCUGCAGAAGUGGUUUCUUCUUCAGUAGGAAAUGGUUAGACUCGCCUCAGUUCUUAACAAGUUUCUGAAGACAGUAGGCUGUAGAGGAAUAAGUACUAGGUUUUAAAUUUUUCAAUGUUCCCCAUUUAAACACAUUGUUUGCUAGUAAACAGUUGACUAACCAGCUUUUAACAAGAGCAGUCUAGAUCUUUAUUUCGUGUAAGUUCAUUUUAAUUCAUUGGUUGAUCUGCAUAGACUUUAGUGGAAACCAUUGAUUUUAGGUAUAGGCUAUUUUGUUGUUGGCAUUAUCUUUUAGAUAAGAAAUCAUAGUUAAGGUGAACUGUAGACAAGAAGGUCUUCCUUGAAACAGGGAUAAUAUUCAGGUUAUUAUAAAGUAUUUAGGCUUGAAGCAUAGAGCUACUGUGGAGUGAAAAAUCUCUGUAGGACUUUCUGGGACUUGAGUACCAUUUGCACCUGCAAUGAAGGGCUUGAAUAGGAGAAAUUAAUGGAAAGUUAAAUAUUUAAGGAAAACAAAAGCUGCACUAAAAUUUUUAAAAGGCAAAGUUAGUAGCCGUUUAUAUUUGUGACCUUGCAUUAGUCUUAUUUUAAAAUGUUGCUUUUAAUGUGGAGCCAGCACACCCACACAGACAUGCGCACAUGCACACGUACACAGAACAGUAAUUCCAAAUGCUGUAAUUCAAUAAAAUAAAACAAGCAUGUUAGAAAAAUAUUUUGCUUUGUUACUUGGUAGUUGAGAUAGGGGAAUUUAGAAAGAAAAUAACAUUUUCUUCGUUUCAUCACAAUGGAUGCAUGCACAUACUAAAAUUCUAUUUAAGCUUUAUUUUGAAGGUUUUUAAUUACAAUUAUUUUAAGUCCUCAGUCAGUGACUGACUCCUUCACUCCUCCUGAAUUUAGUAAUACAAUUUGAUCAUGGGACCCCUUUGAAAAAUAAGUAGGAAAGAGAUAAUACGAAAAGCUACACAGAAACAUUUCACCACCUGAGGUCAGAAGCCACAUAUCUUUGUAUCUCUGAUAAAACAAAGGGGAUAUCAACAGUACUUGAAGAAGAGGAGCAUUUUAUUACAUGCUUAAUUUAUUUAUUGUGAUAACCACAAUUGCAAAAAAGCACUCAGGAUUUGUUUUAAAAUGUUCUCUCUGUGGCUCCCGUUUUGUUUUAUGAAUAAUUAUUUAUGAAUUUCACAUU